AUGGGGAAGAUUGAGUGGGCCAGGUGGGCAAAUGAAAAUGCUAUAGCAAGCAGUUGUGUCGUCAUUAUGGGAGGAAUCCUAGCAGUCAGUGGUCAGUUUGAGCUUUGGCAGGUUGGUGUUUAUUCCAUUAUUAUGGGGGUGUUGAUGAUCUUAUUAGAGUACCCAAGAGGCAGGCGACAGAAAGGGACAUCACCUGAAAGAAAGUUUCAAUUCCCACUCAGUGUGGUUGUCAGCAAGGGCAGGUUGUUAACUCGGAGCUAUCUGGUCCGUUUUAUUGUAUACCUCAUCAUCAGCGUUCCCUGUUGUUUCAUCCUUCCAACGCUUCUUGGUGCAGUCUGUUAUAUGACAACCGGCUGUAUUUAUCUGGCGGCUGGAAUCAGUGGUGAAGAGUGGACUCCUAUAGGAAGGGAACCCAUGCAACAAGGGCCUACAGUGUUUGAAGAAAUCAGACGGCCACCUCCAAGAGGACCGGUGCAGGAGGGGACAGACACAAAAAAUAAACUAUAA